AUGUCAAAAGAGGCUUCUGUGGACCACUUCAAUCGCAGCUGGAAGGAAUUCACUCGAACCAUGGACCCCAUGAACGCCUACAAGCACAGUUACAAGCUCAAUGUCGACGUGUGUGGGGCAGCUUUCAUGUCCGUUGUCCGAAAAUUCAAGCUCUUGGAGUCUUCUUUGAACUUGGACCCCGAGAAGAUCAAGAGUGAACUCUGUUUGUUCCAUUUUACUCCCCCUCCGUACAAAGCAACUGAGUACAAGUCGGUCGUUGAAAACAACACAACGAUCACACGACAGAUGGAUUAUGGUGAGGACAAGUCCAAGAUUGCUGCUAGGUCCCCCCAUCCUUUCUUCCGUGGCCGUUUGAAGACCCCAGAAGAUUUCCAUGUUACCAUGGCAAAUUUUCUUAAGUUUGUUUGUUUCUUGAAGAAGGAUUUUAACUACAAGGAAAUGCCCUUUUUGGUGGAGUGUCUCCUCUCCUUCGCCAAGAUUCUUACCCAGAAUGCAGCUAAAGCGUGGCUUUGUAAGCACCAUUUGAACGCAGAUUUGAUGGUCUUGAUUCUGAACGAUGCGAUGACUAUCUUCUCCAGUGCUGCAACUACGGCCUCCACUUCUCACUUUGUGCCCAAGGUGAAUGGUUUCAAACCUUUGCCCGGCGCCAUUUUUGACACCAUUGCUAUGGCCACCUCUUCUGCCAAGAAUCAAUUGACCAGCGCAAUCCACAGCGGAAAUCUGUUGCACUACUCGGUGGAGUUACCGGUGAUGUGUUUGUUGUGUCCUUCUGCUUCCAAGUCUAAAGAGCAGGGGGCUGCAACUUGCAAGCGCGACUUUCCUUCUUCUGAAGACAGCAACCCAGAACGGAAAAGGAACAAAACUGAUGCAAAUGAUGCACCAGGUUUGAUCCGUUGGACUCGCCCAGGUAGGCCGGAACAGCCUGUUCCCCCCAUCGAACUAAUGCAUCCACGCCUAAAUAGAAUGACAACAUUGUGUGGCCAUUUCUGUCAUGUUGGCCGACGGUGUCGCCGCAGAAGAGACUCUCCUCUGAUCCACCUUCCGUCUCCGAACACUCUCCCUGUCAAUUUGCAAAGAGACUUAAAACAAUGGGCCGACAACAAUCCCAAUGUUGAACUUACCCAUGCCCUUACUGGUUAG